GCGCGGCGGCAGCGGAAAUGACGGAUAGCGCUGUGUUUCCGUUGGCUAGUCUGUCUACCCGAGCGUCGAAAGCGGAUCGGUUCGAUUGGAUUCGGUUCAUUGCAAACAGAAGCGUAAAGGCCAUGCAUCAGAUGCCGUUGGGUGUCCCGCACAGCGGCGGCCGGCGCAGUAAAUGGGAUCAGGCCGGUCCGGUGUCCGGAGAUGAUGGAGGCUCUGCUCCGACCGGAGCUCUGGACGCUGCUGCCGCCGUCGCUGCCAAGAUCAACGCCAUGCUGGUGGCCAAAGGAAAGCUCAAACCGUCUCAGAUCAGCAGCACUGCUCCUGUGGAGAAAGUGGCAGGUGUUGCUGGUAAUAAGGUGAAAGAUGAUCUGGUGGUGGCCGAGGUGGAGAUUAACGACGUUCCUCUCACCUGUCGGAAUCUGCUGACCCGCGGACAGACUCAAGACGAGAUCAGCAGAGUGAGCGGCGCUGCAGUGUCCACCAGAGGACGCUUCCUGACCGCGGAGGAGAAGAGUAAAGCACUGCCCAGUGACCGUCCGCUCUAUCUGCACGUCCAGGGACAAACCAGACACUUAGUGGACAAGGCUGUUAACCGGAUCAAGGAGAUCAUUACUAACGGUGUGGUGAAGGCUGCCACUGACUCCAGCUACAGCGGAGCCACGGUCACCGUUUACCAGCAGCCUGGACCCGCUCCUGUACCCACAAUCCCCUCCGCUGCUCACAAACCACACUAUCCAGGAGGAAUGCAUUACGUGCAGGACAAGCUGUUUGUGGGUCUGGAUCAGGCCGUGCAGGGCUUCUGUGUGAAGGAGCGUGUGGAGGGGCCCGGCUGCUCGUACCUGCAGCACAUUCAGGCAGAAACCGGGGCCAAAGUCUUCCUGCGGGGCCGAGGGUCCGGCUGCCUGGAGCCUGCGUCAGGACGAGAGGCCUUCGAGCCCAUGUACAUCUACAUCAGUCACCCGAAGCCAGAAGGACUCGCUGCUGCUAGAACCCUGUGUGAGAACCUGCUGCAGACCGUUCAUGCUGAGUAUUCUCGAUUCCUGAAUCAGAUGAGCAGUGUGAUGCCCACACAGGGUUUCGUUCAGCCUCCUGCCGUUAACGGGAUCCCCCCACAGCCUCCGUAUUACCCCCCCGCAGGCUUCCAGCCCUCCUACCCCGCUCCCAUCCCGCCGCCGCAGCCCGUCCCUCCUCAGUAUCCUGUGGCUCCGGUGCGUCCCCCCCCGACCGCACAGUAUCCCAUGACCCCCGCGAGCGUCCCUGCACAGACUCUUCCUCCUGCUCCGUUCCCUCCCGCUGCACUGGCUCCGCCCAAACCAGUGGCUCCGCCCAAGCCCAUGGCUCCGCCCAUCCCGCCGCAGAAGCGCCGCUUCACAGAGGACGUGCCGGACGAGACGGACAGUGGCCUGCUGGGAUACCAGCAUGGACCCAUUCAUAUGACUAAUUUAGGUGCAGGCAUCUCUGUGGGCAGCUCUGAGGCGUCAGGACCCCCGUCUGCUGCUGCUUCAGGGCCUGUGAGAGAGAGAGACAGCAGCAGACUCAUGCCUCCUCCGUGUGCUCCGGCUCCAGUCAGCGGUCCGAGAGCUCAGAAUGCAGAAGAGAAGACGCCAGCGCCGAGCAUCCUGGAGCCGCAGGUGAAGCGUGUGCGGACGGGGCUCGUGGCGUACACCGCAGACUCCUCCGACGAGGAAGACGAUCACAGGCCCUCUGCAGCAGGAGCAGGAUGGACGUACCGCUGCCCGCCAUCACCGCCCUCACGGCCCAAAACACAGACGCAGACCAUGCCCUUCUGGAUGGCCCCGUAAACACACACUCACACUCUCUCACUCACACACACACACACACACUGAAGUCACGUUCAUGCCUCCUAAAGACUGUCCCGUGGGAUUAUGGGUGGACGUGACGUCUCUCAUCACUCUACUUCCUCUUCAUGGUUUUGAUUUGUAAUGUAACUUCUUCUGUGAGAUUCUGUUGACAAAUAAACACACAUUGACUCACA